CAUAUGUAUAUAUAUAUAUAUAUAUAUAGAUAGUGUGUGUGUGCGUGUUUGUGUAGUGUGAAGAGUUAUAUCCAGAAAGUCUCCAGAAAACCCAAAAGCUCGUCUCAGAUUCUCUCUCUCUCUCUCUCUCCCAAGGGAUUUUUGGCGCCAAAAAUCCAAUGCAAAACCCAAAAAUUCAGGAAUAAGAUUGGCUGAAAUCCGAUGUUGUUCGUAUUAUUAGCUCUUUAGAUAUGGUCGUGGAACCGAGCUCCAGCCACUUCACAGAUAUCAGAAGUUCAGGUACUGAUCCUUGCAGCAGAGGGUUUGGGAACACUGUGGUGGUGAAGGCCUAUCCCGUUGGUAUGGUUCCUGCUAUGAAUAAUGUCAAUGUAGAGGAUGAAGGGGACUCUAGACUAGAACCUUAUGUUGGACUGGAGUUUGAUUCCGCGGAUGAGGCGCGUGAGUUCUACAGUUCAUAUGCGACGCGUGUGGGGUUUAAGAUUCGGACUGGUCAGCUCUAUCGCUCGAGAACUGACGGGACUGUAUCUUCUCGAAGAUUUGUGUGCUCAAAGGAGGGGUUCCAGCUCAAUUCACGGACAGGAUGUCCAGCGUUGAUCAAAGUCCAAAGGCGUGAUUCGGGGAAGUGGAUUGUGGACCUUUUCCUUAAGGAUCACAAUCAUGAUCUGGGACUAAUGGAGGAAAGCCCUCCUACUUCGCAGCAGCGGAAGGCUCCUUUAGAAACAAAGUCUGUAGUAAAAGUGUCCAGUAGGCUGAGAACCAAAACCAAAUUGAUUGAGGAAGUUGAGGAUGGGAGGCCUUCUGCCUCAGGCAUUAUCAAUAUCAAGCGGCUUAAAAGGGAUGGAGAUGAAAUGCUAUCUACAGUUGAACCGUUUUCUGGUCUGGAAUUCAACUCAGCCAAUGAGGCAUACCAAUUUUAUCAGGCAUAUGCAGCAAAUAAAGGAUUCAGGAUUCGAAUUGGUCAAUUGUUUCGCUCGAAGCUUGACGGGUCAAUCACAUCUCGGAGAUUCGUGUGUUCAAAGGAAGGGUUUCAGCACCCUUCAAGACUUGGCUGUGGGGCAUUCAUGAGGAUUAAGAGACAAGAAACUGGAAGAUGGGUUGUUGACCGUCUCCAGAAAGGUCAUAACCAUGAACUUGAACCUCAACUAGAACUGCAUAAGAAAAGUCUUUCUGCUUCAAAAAAGCUGUUAGAGGAGGAGAGUGGUGGACUGGACAAUGAGGAUAUUUUCCAGAUAACCACAGGCAAUGUUGUCAAAAGAAAUCGAGAAAAUCACAUAGGAAAUGAUUGGUAUCGCGUGCUUUUUGAAUAUUUCCAAACCAGACAAGCAGAAGAUACAAGUUUCUUUUAUGCAGUCGAAGUUGACCAUGGUAGUUGCAUGAGUAUUUUCUGGGCUGAUGGCAGGUCUAGAUUUUCAGCCAGUCAGUUUGGUGAUGCCAUUAUUCUUGAUACCUCUUACCGGAAAAGUAUCUAUCUGGUGCCCUUUGCUACUUUUAUUGGAAUUAACCACCACAGGCAACCGGUGCUUCUUGCCUGUGCCCUAAUUGCUGACGAGUCUGAAGAAGCAUUCACUUGGUUGUUCCAGACAUGGCUUAAGGCAAUGUCAGGGCUUCAUCCUCUUUCAAUAAUAGCUGACCAGGACAAGGCCAUCCAGCAAGCCAUCAAAAAAGUCUUUCCGAGAGCCCACCAUCGAUUUUCAUUGUGGCAACUUAAGGCUAAGGAAAGGGAGUAUCUGAAUCUGAUUGAACCCUCCAUUGGGUAUGAAUAUGAAAAGUGCAUUUACCAGAUUCAGACAGUUGAUGAAUUUGAAACCGCAUGGAAUAUGCUUAUCAAUAGGUAUGGCUUGAUAGAGAAUGUUUGGUUGAAAGAAAUGUACGAAAAGCGUGAAAGUUGGGUUCCGGCGUACCUGCGCAAUACCUUUUUUGCUGGCAUCCCUCUGAAUGAAAACAUUGAAUCAUUCUUUGGUACAUUCCUGAAUGCCCAGACUGCACUCGUAGAGUUUGUUUCACGAUACGAAAGAGGCAUUGAGCGACGCCGCGAAGAAGAAAGAAAAGAGGAUUUUAAUACUUAUAACUUGCAGACUUUCUUGCAGACAAAAGAACCAGUAGAAGAACAAUGCAGAAGGCUUUACACACUUGCUGUAUUCAAGAUAUUUCAGAAAGAACUUCUACAGUCCUAUGGUUAUGUUGGCUUCAAGGUUUACGAAGAAGGUGCUAUUACCAGAUAUCUGGUGCGGAAGGGUGGGAAUGACAACGAGAAGUGUCUCGUCACCUUUAACGCGUCGAAUAUCACCAUUGGUUGCAGCUGCGAAAUGUUUGAAUUCGAAGGCGUGCUGUGUAGACAUGUUUUGAGGGUUUUCCAAAUAUUGGACGUAAGAGAGCUUCCAUCUCGAUAUAUUUUGCAUCGAUGGACAAGAAAUGCCGAGUUUGGUACAGUUCAUGAUUUCGAAUCCACGAGGAGCUCUCAAGAACUCAAGGCUUUGAUGGUAUGGAGUUUAAGAGAAACAGCCUCUAAAUACAUAGAGGCUGGAGCGGCGUCAUUCGAGAAGCACAAACUCGCUUAUGAGAUAAUGCGAGAGGGGGGAAGAAAGCUUUGUUGGCAGAGAUAAGGGCUUAGAUCAAAAGGUCAGACCUCUUCAAAGAUAAAAUUUUUGUAGCUUUUAACUCUAUCAUGUAGCUACUGUUUUUUUCAUCGGGGCCCUGAUUAUGUAACUGAAGACCAUAGCUCUGCCAUGGAUAAUAAUUUUUAUUCUCUUAGAAUAUUGUGACCAUGUAUAUAAUGCGUGAUGUCGAAUACCAUUUCUUUUCAAAUAAUCUCCCAUUCAUUGAACGGUUGCUACAGCCCUUUCUUGGAAAUUAGAAAUGAUUUCGACCUUCUACUGUCUUUUCAUCUUUUUCUUCUUUGCCCUUUUUCUCCCAAGAAAUUGGAGCAAUGCGAGGCAUUUUGCAAGAAAAGGGAUAAGAAAAAUAAAGAAAACAUGUCAUUAUUUUAGCCAACUUGGUCAACAACCA